CCAUUCACUCAGCGUCUACACGACAACCGCGAACAUGAAACUUUCGGUUUUGGCUAUCGCUCUCCUCGUGGGCUUCGUCCAAGCUCAGAGAGCCGUGAAGAAAGCUCACGAUACCUCGCAUUUGGACAAGUUGGACCGUGAUGAACUCCUGAAUAUUCUCGGUGAGAUCGAGAGCAGCGCUCCAUCGAAAUCGACCAAUUCCCCGUACAGGCCGCCAUCGUCGUUCGGCCCUUACCCACCGGUGAAUGCGCCCACGGCGCCGCCACGCAACAAGUAUACUACGACAUACAAACCCUUCCGCGUACCCACUACAUCGAGAUCAUCGUCAUCUGACAUUGACGAUCUAAUCAACAAAUACAAAAACAAGAAGGGACAGCCGGGCUCACCGACUGCCGACGAGCUGCUCCGUCGCUUGAGGAACGGUAGUCCCUCCCGUCCGCUUUCAACCUAUAAUUACCCGGGACCGAGUUACGCAGCUCCAGGAGGCUCUUCGAAGUCGUCGUCCCUACCAUAUCCUACAUCCUACGAUAGCAAAUUGUACCCGUCCAGACCGUCGUCUUAUCCCUCGGCGCCGUCAUACCCCAGUGCUCCAAAAUACUCCUCGUACCCUUCGGCUCCUUCGUAUCCAUCUGCACCGACCUAUUCGUCGAGACCCUCUUACCCUUCGUCGUAUAGCACGCCCUAUACGUCGUCUGGAAGCUACGGGAAUCCUUCCCCUAAAUACGCAGCGACAACAAAGAAGCCCAAAAAAGGAUUCUUCGGCAAACUCUUCGGCUAGAGUGAGUGGGCGGGAUGCGCGCAUUACAGAAGAUGUCAUCGCGUAUUGCAUUCAAGCCUUUUCUCGAUGAAUGCUCCGGCUAUACUGAGUGAGAGGGAGAUAAUCGAGACAGCGAACUGCCCGGGCUGAACGGAUCCUAAUAUUCGUCGGUGUGCGAGAAACGUCAUCGGUCAGGAAGAACGCGAGAUUUUCUGGUCUGUCAAACAGGUCGCUUAUUAUCUUACAAAUCUCCAGAUGCUGUGCGUAACGAGCUACGCGAGGUGAUACACUUCUCCAUUGUCGAGUGCUCGGGAGUGGGGUCUCUCUGUUCGGUUGCGGAUGUCUUCUGCCCUAUUGUAUUGCGCGAAUUGUUCGGUUUAUAAUAAGAGAGCUAAUAAACUCCUGACGACACCUA